AUGUGUGCAGGGGUGAGGCGAGAAGAAAAUCUGCUCAGUUCUCAUCCGAAUCCGAUUCAAUUCAAUUUGUUUCGUGGCGAUGUCGUUUAUUCGUUUAGCUAUGCUCGUCAGCAUAGGCGCCGUUGUCGUCGAGGCGUGAUUACAUAUAAACGUCUCUACGUUGUUUUUUUCCAGGCAAAUCAGGCAGUCAGCAUUGAGGAAACGGCAAACACUUCUGGCUCGGGGGCCCGCGUCGCCGAGGCGACCUCGUCCGACUACCGUGUCGCCGUGUUCGGCGCCGGCGGUGUUGGCAAAUCUUCAAUUGUGCAACGAUUCGUCAAAGGCACCUUUUCCGACAAUUACGUACCCACGAUCGAGGAUACUUAUCGUCAGGUGAUCAGUUGCAAUCAGAAAAAUGUCUGCACAUUGCAAAUCACUGAUACAACUGGAAGUCAUCAGUUUCCGGCCAUGCAACGAUUAUCCAUUUCGAAAGGACAUGCAUUCAUUCUUAUCUACUCCGUUACGAGUAAGCAGUCGUUGGAAGAGUUGGCGCCAAUCGUCAAGACUCUGAUGGAAGUGAAAGGCAGUAGUUUGGCGGAGACCCCGAUUAUGUUGGUCGGAAACAAAAGUGAUGAUGCUUCGAGACGAGAAGUAGCCACCGAAACCGGGUCAAAACUAGCUGCUAAAUGGGGUACCGGCUUCAUCGAGACAAGCGCAAAAAACAAUGACAAUAUCACCGAGCUUUUCCAACAGUUAUUAGCUCUCGAAAAGAAGCGAAAUUUAGCGCUAACCAUGGACGAUCCUGAAGGAAAGGGUGCGAAGCGAAAAGGGUGCUUAAUUAUGUGA